AUGGCUUAAGCAGCUGUUUGGUAAACUAACGGAAACAACUGGAGCAUGGCUGACGAAGAAUCUGACGUUUCUAAAAAGAGUAACGUUUCUAAAAAAGAUGACAAUAAUUUAGGAGAGAAUAAUGUCGAUUGCAAAACGGACGAUGAAAUAACUGAAUACGAUGAAGUUGAUAAAAUGCCGAUCGUAACAACUACGAAGAACGCUUUAAUAACGAGGCAGGUGGGACCAUGUGAUGCAUAUCCGCAUCGCAUCAAAGUUUCGAUUGUAGGUACAAGAAAAGUUGGAAUGGCUUGUGCCAUCGCAAUCUUAAUGAGACGCAUAGCAAGUGAAGUUUGUCUGAUUGAUCAAAAUCAGGAUAAAGCUUCUGCCGAAGCCGAAGAUAUUCAGCACGCUGGUGUCUUUCUAGGAUGUCCAUUGGUGAUUGGCACAUCAGAUGUCUACAAAGUGAAGGAUUCAACUAUAGUGAUAAUCGCAGUUUGCGAAAAAAAGCCUGGCGAGGAGCUGAAUGUAAAGCACAAUGUCGAAGUGUAUAAGAAGAUCAUCCCUACUAUUGCAAAGUUAGCCUGUAAGGCGGUCUUACUCGUCGUAACUCAACCGAUUGACGUGAUGUCAUACAUCACUUGGAAGUUAUCCAAAUUUCCUUCAAGCAGAGUACUUGGCACGGGAACUUUGCUUGACACUUCUAGAUUUCAAGAUUUACUAAGUCAGAAGUUGGGACUAGCGCGCUCGUCGAUUAGUUGUAUGAAUAUCGGCGCGCAGGGUGACACGUCUGUUUCCAUAUGGUCGAGCAUUCAUGUAGCGGGUACGAAGGUACGCGACAUAAACCCAAGAAUGGGCGAAGCGGAUGAUCCCGAGAAGUGGCGUGACAUAUCCGAGGCUGUAAAUAAAACCGAAGACGAACUUGAUCGGAAGAAGGGCGAGAAAGGGCCGAGUUGCUGGGCUCACGGCUUCUGUACCGCUGAGAUCGUCGACGCCAUUGUCAGAAAUACUAAAGUAGUAUUGCCAGCAUCGACAUACAUACACAGUUGCUCCCACGGGACCGACAAAGAUGUGUAUAUGUCGGUUCCCUGUGUUCUCGGCCGAGAAGGUGUAUGUGCCACGGUACGACAGAAGCUGAACGAUCAAGAAAAGGCAGCGGUUCAACGGUGCGCCGAUGGCAUUCGCAAUGUAUUGCGCGAAUGCGGCAUCCUUCGCGAAUCGAUGACCGAUAUUGAAUAGACGAGGAGGCGAGAAGGAGAGAAGGAUGAGGAACGGAUACCCGUGACGGAAAUUGUGCGCGAGAGGAAGGAAGAGAAAGAGAGCGCGCGUUUUAGAAUGCAUCUUCAUCAAUAAAGACGAUGCUGUACCUGGCGACCGGUUUCCGCGUACGUACGAUUCGAUCGCAGUAAUAAACGAUAUAUAAAUUCGACUUCCUGGAAAAUUAAACCAGUCGCGUUCUUCUAAGAUUACUCCGCGAGCUGCUACAUGCACAGCUCCCGCUACAAUGUUUCGUGCGAAGCUUAUUAUCGUUUCCUUUUUGCUCGAUCGAAUUUUGAUUUACGAAGCCGAACGAUGUACGGCGGGAAGGUGAAAGGGCGGAUGAAAAUGCAUUCUCCGUUGCACGCAAAGCGAGUGUAUGGCUGAGUUGCGGCUCUAAAGAAGAUUGGAUAAUUUAAACUAUAAUCUUUUUCUACAUUAGAGAGAAAGAGAACUUUAUGUUUCUUCGUCGUAAGAUCGUUGCGUCUCAUAUAUGUACGUUUCAUACGGACGUUUCUGACGUCUUAAAUUUGUAUAAAAUUUAUUUAAAUAUUUUAGCU